UGUGCUCGUUUAGAGCCCGGCCUGGGGGCAAUAGGCACUAAACACAGCAAAAUUUGAUGACAUUUUAAAAAUAAAUAUGUCAUUUUUUCCAAAAUUUUAAUAGUAAUUAGUCCGUUGUUAUUUGUUGACACACUCUCUGGGUAAAUGUUAUCAAAAUUUGAAGUUUGCAUAUGAAAUCGAACUUUGUCACAAGUUUGGUUAUGUUUUUUUCUUGAGUGGUUUUUUAGCGUCAUGACAUUGGAACCUUGACAUCUUAUCAUUUAUUUAAUAUAAAAGUUCAAAAGUGGCACAAAUCUGAGAGGUAUCCCAUAUUAAUUCGUUAUGACUUGUGUUCGUUGCAGUGUAACUACGGCAGGGAGAUUAAUACAGGUAGCACGAAACUUAAAAUUGCAAGGCGGCUUAUUGGCAUAUAAACAAACAUCUCCUUUACUUGCCAAUUAUAUUUCGUCAAAUGUCAUUUUGUUCAAAUCAAGCGGUUCUGGCGAUCCUCCUCCAGAAAAUCCCUCUUCGAAAGAUGUCUCCAACAACAUACCACCUCCUCCUACAACUCCAAGCGGAGGUGGGAGUGGGAAGAAUAAAGGGGUGCUUUCAUGCCCAAAGUGCGGAGAUCCUUGCACCCAUGUAGAAACAUUCGUUAGCUCGACAAGGUUCGUAAAAUGUGAAAAAUGUCAUCACUUCUUCGUCGUAUUAAGUGAAGUUGAUUCGAAGAAAAAGGAAGGAGUGGAAGCUAAAGCGGGCAUCUUUCGUAAACCGCCACCUCCUCCUAAGAAAAUAUACGAUUAUCUUAAUAAACAUGUAGUGGGUCAGGAGCAUGCCAAAAAGGUUUUAUCGGUUGCUGUAUAUAAUCAUUAUAAACGAAUUUUUAAUAAUAUUCCAAACAACCAAAGCAAUACUUCACGGCAAGAUAUGGCUGUGAUGGAACAAGGUCCGCAUCAUAAUUUUACACAUAGAGACCUCCUCCAUAUCACAGGGAUGGGCCAUAGUAAUUCAUCAUUGGGCUUCAACUUUCAAAAUACUCAAUCGGACACUACAACAACCGUGCGCCAUGCUCCUUUGGGUUCAGAUAUUCUAGACCAAACAUCUCAUGAUUUAAAACUGGAGAAAAGUAAUAUUUUACUUUUAGGACCGACUGGAUCAGGCAAAACGUUACUGGCCCAAACUAUUGCUCAAUGCCUUGAUGUCCCUUUUGCAAUUUGUGAUUGUACAACUUUAACGCAGGCAGGUUAUGUGGGGGAGGAUAUCGAAAGUGUAAUAGGAAAAUUACUUCAAGAUGCCAGUUACAGUGUGGACAGAGCGCAAAUUGGUAUAGUAUUUUUAGACGAAGUAGACAAAAUUGGAGCUGUGCCUGGAAUUCAUCAAUUACGGGAUGUGGGAGGAGAAGGAGUUCAACAAGGAAUGCUUAAAAUGCUUGAAGGUACUAUAGUUAACGUUCCGGAAAGGAACUCUCCUAGAAAAUUGAGAGGUGAGACUAUACAGGUUGAUACCACUAAUAUCCUAUUUGUGGCAAGUGGAGCAUAUAAUGGAUUAGAAAAAUUAGUUCAGCGUAGAAACAAUGAAAAUUAUCUUGGGUUUGGCGCGCCAGUUUCCAAUAGUCAAGGACGUCGCGCGGUUGCCCAACAAGCACUUUACGAAUCUUCCACAUCGGCGGAAGAAGAAAACUUGGAAAAAGACACAGCAUUAAGACAAGUCCAAGCAAGAGAUUUAAUUGAAUUUGGAAUGAUACCUGAAUUUGUGGGUCGGUUUCCUGUACUUGUACCUUUUCACAGCCUUAACGAAGCACUUUUGGUUAGAAUUCUGACGGAGCCGCGAAAUGCCAUUGUUCCACAGUAUCAACGUUUAUUAGCUAUGGAUCAAUGUGAAUUGUGUUUUAGUACCGAAUCAUUAAAGGCAAUUGCGAGAUUAGCGAUGGAGAGAAAAACGGGAGCGAGAGGCUUGAGGGCUAUAAUGGAAACCCUACUAUUGGAACCGAUGUUUGAAGUACCUGGUUCAGAAAUAACAUCUGUCAAUAUAACUGAAGAGUAUGUAAAAGGGGAGUCUGGGCCAUCCUACGUAAAGAGCACCGAUGUUCAGGAUGCAACAAACGAUGACGAAGAUGUAAAAGCAUCGGUUAGAUUGAAACAGUAAGAUUCUGCUGAUUUAAAAAAUCUAUUUUAACACUACCUUGAAGUGAGAAUAUUCAGGAAAAUUACCUUUGUACAGAAUUUAAAUAGGUACCAAUUGCUGUCCCAUUAAAAACACUUCACAAUAAUUUAGAAAUUUUAUUAUACUUUAACUUUGAGCAAAAAAUGUUCCUAAACAGUGGUGUUAUAGAGCCAAAUUUUCUUCAGAAGGAUAAAGAAAAGCUUUGACAUUUAUUUGGAUAAAUUGAUAUCUACCACUGUAUGCUGGUAUAGGUAAAUGACAUCAUUGUCUCUAAAAUUAAGCUGUAAAGAAAACAGUACCAUUCAAGGAUGUACAUAUUAUUCAUAUUACAAAUUAAUCAUUUA